GUGCUAACACUGCCUCUCUGUGCUUCUCUCAGCAUCAUCAUGGAAUUACUCCAUCCUUGUGCUUUCUUCCGUGGCCAUGAUUCUGGGUCUUGUCCUCCUGACCAUUAACAUUGCACGGAACAGGAAAAGGAAGCUCCUCACAUAUCAAGAAGCAGCACAAAUGACACAGCAGGCUGAGAUGGAAGCCAAGCAAGCCCUGAUGCCUGUGCAGCAGGAAAACAGCCCAUCUGAGCUGGAGAAACAGGAACCAGUGCCCCAGGAUCAGAGAUCAGGAGAUGUGGUGGUCCAGUGGAAGGACGGGACCGUUACGUCUCUGUACACGGACAGUCCUGAGCACGCCGUAUAAUGCAGCUGAAGCCAAACCAUUCAGGCCCUGAGGAGUGAGUCAGAAUGUCUCAGAUCACAGUGAUGGAAGUUUGAACAAGCAGGUUAGCCUGGGAAACAGAUGAAAAAGCAAGGGGCAGACAUGGCCCUGGAUUUGAGGCCAAGCAGUGCCUCCCCCAUUUCAGCUGCUGGCUGGCUGGUCCUUGCCCUCUGUGCACAGCUGCCUCCAGCCUUCUCUCUUGCACUAGCUUCGCCCCUUCCCUCAGAUGCUGCCUCCCCUCACUGCAAUUGAGUGGGAACUGAGCUGAGGCAGGAGGUGGGAGGUGAGAAGGGGGUGGCUUGCCGCGGGCAGCCAGGGAACACGCUGUCCUGUCCCAGCAGAACAGCCACACUGAAGCCGAGGCACUC